AUGUCUUCCACCUUCUUUUGGCCUGGAAUGGAGAAAGCAGUGCACGACUUCGUAAAAGCCUGCGUCCCGUGUAAGCGCGCAAAACUGCACGGUGGUAAGCAGCUCUAUGGCCGAAUUCCGCCAACUCCGUCGACGAACAAUGACCGUCCAUUCGACAUCGUGCAUGUGGAUUUAGUGGGGCCGCUACCUGGAGAUCACUAUUGCCUUACGGCGAUCGAGCAGCAAUUUCGUUGGCUAGAAGUCAUCAUCCAGCAAGGCAAGACGUCAAAAGUGACCGCCAUCAGCUUUGAG